AUGCCUACCCGUACUUCAAAGACCCGCAAGCACCGCGGUCACGUUUCCGCCGGUAAGGGACGUGUCGGAAAGCACCGCAAGCACCCCGGUGGUCGUGGUCUUGCUGGUGGUCAGCACCACCACCGUACCAACAUGGACAAGUACCAUCCCGGUUACUUUGGUAAGGUUGGUAUGCGAUACUUCCACAAGCAGCCCAACCACUUCUGGAAGCCCAUCAUCAACCUCGACAAGCUGUGGUCUCUCGUCCCCCAGGAGACCCGUGACGCCUACGUCUCCGGCGAGAAGAAGGAUACCGUUCCCGUCCUCGACCUCCUCCCCCUCGGCUACUCCAAGGUUCUCGGCAAGGGCCGUCUCCCCGAGAUCCCUCUGGUCGUCCGCGCCCGCUGGGUCAGCCGCCUUGCUGAGCAGAAGAUCAAGCAGGCCGGUGGUGUCGUUGAGCUUGUCGCUUAA